AUGGCUGACGCACCCGUCACAUUCCUGCCUCUUGGCGCCAUCAUCCAAGAGCUCCGCGUUGGCGGUAUCAACAUCGUGCAGGGCUUCCCGGAGCAAUCUCACUACGAGAGAUACAACGGCCCGUAUUUCGGCGAGACCAUCGGCCGGGUUGCCAACCGCAUCAAGGGCGCCAAGCUCGACGGCCUCAAUGGCGGCCAGACAUACACCCUUGCCGCCAACAACGGGCCCAACAACUUGCACGGCGGCAAUGUUGGAUGGGGCAAGAAGAUCUGGAACGGCGGCACUCCCGUCGGAGUGCGGAAGAUUCCCGGCAUCGAGGGCCUCGAAGGCGGCGAGAGCGUCAAAUUCACCCUGGUUAGCCAGGACGGCGACGAGGGGUUCCCGGGGACAGUUGAGGUUAGCGUGGUUUACACCGUCGGCAAGCAGGUGCAGGACGGGAAGGAGGUGAUUGUGCUGGCCAUGGAGUACGAGGCGGAGCUGAUUGGUGGGGCCGAUGAGACGGUCAUCAACAUGACAAACCACUCCUACUUCAACCUCACUGGUGGCCCCACAAUCGAGGGCACCGUCGUCACCCUCGCCACGAACAGCCACCUCCCGCUCGAUGACGGUGGCAUCCCGACCAGCGGCCCCAAGCCGUUCAGCAAGGUGGAGGCCAACAAGGCCUUCACCCUCGGAGCGCAGGAGCCGGACAUCGACGACUGCUUCAUCGUCAACGAGGCGCCCGACAAAGUCCCCAUCGACACCCGUUCGCAGGCCCUGAGCAAGCACGUCAGCGCCUACCACCCUGAAUCCAACAUCCACCUCGAGGUGCUCAGCACCGAGCCCGCGUUCCAGUUCUAUACCGGCAAGUACAUCGACGUUCCCGAGGUCGCCGGCGUUCCCGCUCGCAAGGCCCGCAGCGGCUUCUGCGUCGAGCCCAGCCGGUGGGUCAACGCGUGCAACGUGCCCGAGUGGAAGAGCCAAAUGCUGCUCAAGAGGGGCGAGAAGUACGGCUGCCGCAUUGUGUAUCGGGCGUGGAAGGAGUAG